GCGGAGACGGGCGAGUUCACAAGGAGGAUUGACGCAGCACUGCACUUAGGCAGGUCGGCGGAGUUGUACCAGCAGCUGAACAGUGUGGAGGCAGCGAUCCUCACGCAGCUGCGGACAGGCAAGACGUUCCUCAAGGAAUACCUCUACAAGAUUAAGGCAUGUGAGACGGCGGCAUGCGACUGCGGGCACACAGGAUCAAUACCGCACUUCCUCUUCUCCUGUAGCAGGUGG